AUGGAUUUUGGCCCGUCCAUUCCCCCUCCAGAAAACGAGAAGAAAAAGAGAAGAUUGAAUACAAUUCCAAUCGAAUUUCUCCAAAAUCUCCCCUCGGGUUUAAUGUACGAAAAAUCCUACAUGCACCGCGAUUGCGUCUCGCACGUCAUACACUGCUCGACGAGCAAGUCUGAUUUUUUCGUCUCCGCGAGUCGUGAUGGACACGUGAAGUUUUGGAAAAAACGAGCGAAAGGGGUGGAGUUUGCGAAACAUUUCCGAGCACACGUCGGGGUCAUCGUAGGGAUGGAUUGCUCGAAAUGUGGCACCAGAGUCGUCACGCUCGGCGAAGACGGCUCGGCGAAAGUCUUCGACGUGAACAGUUUCGACAUGAUUGGAAUGAUACAGUUGAAAAAGAAAGACGAUGAGAACAACAGCGAGGCGACGUGUAUCGCGUGGUUAUACGAUUCGAGGAAGAAAAGACACCACGCGAGCAAACAGUUGUUCGCCGUCGGCGACUCGAACGGGAGGAUUACGGUACACGACGCGAACGCAGAGGAUUUGAACCAGACGAUGGUGAAAGAGUUGACAAGUGUGCACGGUGGGAGUAAUGGAGUGGUGUGCAUGGCGUAUAACGGCGAGUACGAGUGCGUGGUGAGUUGCGAUCAGUCCGGAGGCGUCGAGGCGUGGAGCGCCGAUCCGGAGGAGGAGUUUGAAAGGUUACCGAUAGGCGGCGAUUUUAGCAAAAGUAUGAACAGCGAUAGAAGAAGAGAGUUGAAAUUUUCGGCAAAGUUUGAGACAGAUUUAUACGCGUUGGAGAAGGCAAAGACAAGCGCGACGCACGUUUCGUUUAGCAAAGAUGGGAAGAGAAUGGUUAUAUGCGCGCGCGACAUGAAGAUUCGCGUGUUCAAUUUUACCACGUGUAAAUUGAAAGCGGUGUUUAACGAAGACUUAUCCGCCGCGGAAGACGCGCAACGAUCCGGGAACGAGAAGUACGUUUUAGAAGAUAUCGAUUUUGGACGAAGAUUCGCGAGCGAGAAAUCUUUGGACGAGAAACUGUUGGACGCGUUUGAGUAUCCAAACGCCGUGUUUGACGAAACCGGGAAUUUUUUGAUGUACGGAACAAUCAUAGGGAUUAAAGUGAUAAACUUGCAAACGUUAAUGGUGUCUCGUUUGCUCGGGAAAGUCGAAAACGGUGAACGGUUUACGAAAUUGGCGUUAUUCCAAGGCGCCGCAAAAAGAGACGCUUCGUUGAAAGGGAGCGGGAAAGACUAUUCCGUACAAAGCGACGGGACGCCGAUGAAUGAUCCAACCGUAAUGUGCGCCGCGGUUGGGUCGCAACGCGUGUACUUAUUCUCCACUCGGGAACCAGACGAAGAGAACGGCGAAGGCGACGAUAAAGAGAAAGACAGAGACGUGUACAACGAAAAACCGUCUCUGGAAGAGGCUCGCAACGCCACGGGCGGUAAAAACGGUUUAGGAGGGGCCAACGGCAGCGCGUCGAAUCGAUUACCGUCCUUGGUCACCUUGCACACGAAUAUCGGCGACGUAUCGUUCAAACUCUUUCCAAAAGAGUGUCCGAAAACGGUCGAAAACUUCACCACGCACUGCAGAAAUGGCUAUUACGACGAUGUCAUCUUCCACAGAGUAAUCAAAGGGUUCAUGAUUCAAACCGGCGAUCCUUUAGGUGACGGCACCGGAGGUACCUCCAUCUGGGGCAGCGAGUUUGAAGACGAAAUCAAUCGAGAUUUACGUCACGAUCGCGCCGGCGUUUUAAGCAGCGCCAACGCCGGACCAAACACGAACGGAUCGCAGUUUUUCAUCACCACCGUACCGACGCCGUGGUUGGACGGGAAACACUCCGUCUUUGGAAGAGUGAGUAAAGGGAUGGACAUCGUCAACAAGAUUGAAAAUUUGAAGGUUGAUAAAGCCGACCGUCCCUUGGAGGAUGUGAAGAUUGUAUCCACGAGCGUAAGUUUCGAGUGA